GAGGCGGUGUCAGGGCACGCCCCCGCCCCCUCGGGCGUGCUGACGCACGGACGCAGGGACGCACGGCCGCGCGAGCGGGCGGUGGAGCAGCGGCGCCCCGCCCACAGUAAGCCGGGCUGCGCGUGCCCAGUGCGGCCGCCAAGAUGGUGGUGGGCGCGUUCCCCAUGGCGAAGCUGCUCUACCUGGGCAUCCGGCAGGUCAGCAAGCCGCUAGCCAACCGCAUUAAGGAGGCCGCCCGCCGCAGCGAGUUCUUCAAGACCUACAUCUGCCUCCCUCCGGCUCAGCUGUACCACUGGGUGGAGAUGCGGACCAAGAUGCGCAUCAUGGGCUUCAACGCCGAGGCGGUGAAGCCGCUGAACGAGGCGGCGGCCGCUGAGCUGGGCGCCGAGCUGCUGGGCGAAGCCACCAUCUUCAUCGUGGCCUGCAGCUGCCUGAUGCUGGAGUACUGGCGGCAGCAGGCGCAGCGGCUCCGCAAGGAGGCCCAGCGGAGAGCCGCCUGGGGCGGGCUGCAGGAUGAGGUGGACCACCUGGCCCUGGCGCUGGAGGCGCUGCAGGAACAAGUGCAGGCCUUGGCGGCGACGCACAGCGCCCUGGACAAACUGCGCACGCAGCUGCAGGAGGUGCGCGCCCAGCUCUGCCCUUCUGACCAGCCAAGCGCGCCCCCGGAGUAGCAGGCAGCAGAGCUGUCUUGCCUGGGCUCCUUGGCCUUGACCUAGCUGAAGCCAGCCAGCCCUGCUGACAGCAUCGUCUGUUUGGGGUCAGGACAAGGACUGACCCACCUGGGCAUCUGGUCAUCUCCACUGUAACAACCUCAGGGAUCCCUUCUCCCGGGUCACCCCUUCCUCUUGGCAGGAAGUUCCCACCCUCCACGCCCCCUAGCACACACAGGGAAGGGGCUCAGCACUGGGGAGGGGCCCCACCCCUCAUCCUGCAG